CACGCGCAGUCGUAGUUUUCGCAACAUGCACAGCGGCAGCGGUGAGAAGCGCAAGACGGGGCGGCGCGUGCGACGGCCAUCCGGUGGCGCCACGAACCUCAAUACACGCGACCGGUGGAAAUACCUCUCGACCAAAGACGAGCUGCCGGUCGCGCCGCAACUCGUCCACGGCAAAAUCGCCCGCGCCAAGGCCGUCGACGACGCCAAGGCGGCCCUCGCUGCCAAGCGGUCGGCGGUCAUCGCCACCGACAUUGAUGGCGACGGUAUCAUUGACGUUCGCGAGAUGCGCAUGGCCAAGUACCUCCACGAGAUCACGUCGAAUCUGGAGCAAACCGGCCAGGCACCAACUGACGCCGAGCUCACUGCGAUGCGCGUGGCCGUCGGCAAAUAUACGAUCGCACACGAGUUCGUCGACCGCAACAACGGCAAGCUCUGGCGCUACGGCACCGUCUUUGCCGGAAAGUCCAACGACGAGGCUGUUCGGUGCAUUGCCGAGCACAAGAACUUUGUCAAGCUCAUGCCAUACCUCGAGACGGUCGAGCGCCAGCGCACGAUUCGGUCGUCGCAACACCUCCGGUCGUGCCUCGGUGAACCGUCGGCGCUCGAAGCCGCGCUGCCGCGUCACAAUCGCGAUAGCAACGACGAGGACGAGAACGGGCCGCAGACGUGGGUCUACACGCAGCGCAAGCUGCGGACGCCUUCGCAGCUCCAAGCACGCGCCGCGCUCCAAGCCGGCUCGUCGAAAUAUGCGCUCUUUGAAAAAGAUGACGCGCUGCAACUGGACCUCGAGGCCUUGGACGAUGUCCUACCGUCGACAGACAAUAAUGUCCACACCAAGCAGGUGUUUACCAACGACUAUGGCGCGAUCGACAUUGAUGGCGACGGCGUCAUCGACGACUACGAGAUGCAACUCCACGUGCAACUCAAGCAGUCGACGCUGCAUGGCCUCGCCGCCUCGGACCUGAACGGCGACGGCGUCAUUGAUGCAAGUGAGCGCGUCAUGCACGAGCGUCACGUGCAGGCCAAGCUCCAAGCCGAAGGGCGACUGCUCAUGGCAAGAGAGUUUGUCACACGCAAUGCCGGCGACAUGUGGAAGUUCAACGCCGCGUACACAAACAAGUCGGACGACCAGAUUGCCCAUCUGCUCGCCAACGACAAGGGGGUCUUUAGCAAAACCAUGAACAAAUUACGCGCCAAGGAGCGGCUCUUUGACCUCAAGUCGUCCAAAGGCGUCACCGCGUGCCUCGUCGACCCAAAAGAAGUUGCGUUUCGGGUCGACCCGGCCAACGUGCUCACGCCGCGCCACGUCAAAUCCAAGCACGAGCUCUUCAAUGCACAGCGCAACUACAGCAAAAUGCUCAACAGCCACGACACUAGUGUCUCGAAAAGCGCCGUCUGUGUCAAGCCCUUACCGCUCGACUCGCUCCAGAAGCAUGUUUUGACGCAUCAAAAGGCCAAGCAAGAUACGCACCAGCUGCUGCGAGCCGAGAGCUGCCCGACGAUCGGCCUCCCGCAGCUCUUUGCGUCGCCCGUGAAGCUCCCGACCGUCAAGGAUUUUCGGAUAACCAAGUGGAAGACCGGUGCGAAAGAGCCGCCGAUCUAUUGAUACUAAUUGAUACAUUUCCAAG